AUGAGGUCGUCGAGCAGCGCAUCAAGACGUGGCAGUUGUAGCCGUGGACAGGUCACCACCUCAACGCCAACCACCUGCACCUCAUCGGCACUGGACGACGCUGGCAGACCGUCUCCAAUUGCAGUCAAGACCGACUCCAUCGAUCGUGUUGGAAGUGGACAGUCACUCUGCAUCGAGACAGCAAAGGGGGACGACGGUCGGGACGGGGACUGCAGAGCCAACCUGUCGAUGUCCACCCCGUCCAAGAAGAGCGUGACGUGGUCGACCAUCACUGUGCACGAGUUCGGCGUCGGUCUGGGAGGCAGCGCCAUUUCCAACAAGGGCGGGCCGCCCAUUGGUCUGGCAGAGACGCCCGAGUUCACGUGGACGACAAAGGUAGGCGAGAUGGCCGAGUGCAGUGAGGGCGUGCAUCGCUUCUCGCCCAGCCAGCGCGUCCGCUUACUGCAGGCUGCCGGCAUCCCGGAUGGCAUCAUCACGCGUCACGCACGUGAGGCCACUAUCAUCUUGAGCUCGCGUCGUCGGUCCAACAUGAGCGGGGAGGAGAGAGCAGAGCACGAGACUGAGAAGGAGGGGGAAAAGGAGACGUCUCGAAAGUCGAACUGCAAGCGCAGCGCAGAGCAGGCGAGGCUGGAGUAUCCUCCAUGUUCCGUGCACUUGCAACGACCACGCAUGAUUCCUGUCAGCUACGCGUAA